UCCUGAGGUUAUCCAUGGGCAAGGGAUUCCAAGAUCUGCAGUUAAGUAGUCCUGAAUGAUAACUAGUUGGGUAUUGCACCUGACCGCUCUCCCUUUUCUAGCCCAGGGGGUGAAGAAGUACUCACACCAGGGGCGGACUGACCAUUUUGAAACUCGGGCACUACCCAGGGGCCCGGGGUCAGUAGGGGGCCCCAUGAGAUGCCCCUGGUAUCUUUUUCAUAGGCUUUGAGUUUGGGCAAGGACACAGGGGCCCCAUGAUCCCCUAUUGCCCGGGGCCCCAUGA